AUGAUCGUGAAGAAGUAUUUUUUUAUCAUGGUGUUUGAAUUCUUGACGGAGCAAUUUCAGGAGAUAGGAUGCAAGGCCUUAAAUUUCAUUUAUGCCAUUGGCGACUUUGGUCAUUCGUAUGUAGAACAUCAGCAUGAAGAAAGCAGAUCCAUUGUAGCGGAAGGGAUGCGUUUUGUGGCCCCAGAGGUAGUUCUGGGUGACUUCAACACUAUGGCGUCAGACAUUUUCAGUACAGGGAAAAUCUUAGAGGAGUUGCUGACACUUGCAGCAACCUUCAAGGAUGACAUGCAAGACGAGCCAGAGGAAGUCUUCAAUGAGUUGAAGACUUUGGCAGCGUCAAUGUGCUUCGAACAACCGGCAGAGCGCCCUUCAUCUCAGGAGAUCUGCGAGAAGCUGGAUCGGAUCGGCGAGCAUCCUAGUUUGAGAGCUGCUGACUACUCCUCUUCAUCAUCAUCGCCAUCCGUGGCAGACUGA